GCCCAGAACCAGCUGGUCCUGGAAGCGUGAGGUCAGCCUCUGUCCUCCCGGAGACCCGCGGGGGUGGGGGGUGGGCGUCAGGCUGCCGGUGCCCGCCAGACUCCGACGCGCCGGAGGCCCAGGGACGGAGGACGGCAGGGAGCUGGUGCGGUGAGGUGCACUGUCGGGGCGGUGGAGCCCGGAGCCCUGGUCUGGACCUUCUCGGCCUGCCCGGCCUCUCCCUAGCUGUUGUCUCCACCUGGCAGCCAGCGCCUCCAGCCGGCGACGCAUUGGCCGGGGGCUUUCCCCGGCAGGAGCGGGGCUGGGGGCCUUCUCCCCUGACGGUAGGCCCGACCUCUGCCGGCUGGGGAACAGCGCUUAUGAAAGCAGUUUGUGUGGCGUCAGGCUCCCAGGAACCUGCUGCAGAGAGCUGGCUGAGGGGAGACGCUUCCUGGAAGAAACGGGCUUGUGCUGUGCUGGCUGUGGUGCAGGCUGGAGACCACAUGGGACAAGCGUGGCCAGGUCCCUGGCCUGCCGGCCACAGCGGCCUUUCCAGCUGUGUGCCCUCUGGACGCUGCCCUCCUAGGAUCACGUCCCCGCGGUGGGCGGCUGCACGUGUGGGCCCCGGUGGAGCGCCCAGAGCUGGGACUUGCACCCUCCUCUCGCAGGUUGCCCACACUGCUGGUUCCCAGCCAGUCCCUGCUGGAGAAGCCUCUGGAAGGCGGCGUCCAGGCCAGAGCAGACUGGACGGUGCACUGGUCUCCUCUGGCUCCAGGGAGGGUCUUUGCUCACACUUCCACUUAGUGGGCGCCAGGGCUGGGCCUCCAGGCCUCUAAGCAAGACUUCCACUUCCCUCCGCCCCGCCUCCCGGGCCCUGCCAGGCAGGCGAAUCAGAAGGCAGGCCCCAGGAGCGGCUCCCUCGGGGAGGACCUGCCAGGCUCCGUGGAGCUCCCCAGCACCGUCAGGAAGGCACAGUUCUCCUCCCGGGCUCUGCCGGCUGGCCGGCAGCACCUCCUCCCGCUCAUCGGACGAGGGUGGCCCAGGCUGACCCACAUCCCACCGUGCAGGGGCCCCUCCAGGACCUUGAGCCGUGACCAUCGUCAUGUCAGACUACGAGAACGAGGACCAGUGCUGGGGCGCCCUGGAGAGCUUCCGCGUGAAGCUCAUCUCCAUCAUUGACCCCUCGCGCAUCACGCCCUACCUGCGCCAGUGCAAGGUGCUGAGCCCCGACGACGAGGAGCAGGUGCUCAGUGACCCCAACCUGGUCAUCCGCAAGCGGAAAGUGGGUGUGCUCCUGGACAUCCUGCAGCGGACUGGCCACAAGGGCUACGUAGCCUUCCUCGAGAGCCUGGAGCUCUACUACCCGCAGCUCUACAAGAAGGUCACGGGCAAGGAGCCUACCCGUGUCUUCUCCAUGAUCAUCGACGCAUCGGGGGAGUCGGGCCUGACGCAGCUGCUGAUGAGCGAGGUGCUGAAGCUGCAGAGGAGGGUGCAGGAGCUGACGCAGCGGCUGGGCUCCCAGGACGAGCUGGCGGCCGAGCUGCGGCUGAAGGACGGGCUGCUCCGCAAGCACCAGGAGCGCGUGCAGCGGCUCCGGGAGGAGUGCGAGGCCGGCGCUCGCGAGCUCCGGCGCUGCAAAGAGGAGAACUAUGACCUGGCCCUGCGCCUGGCCCGCCAGAGCGAGGAGAAGGGUGCCGCGCUCACGCACAGCCGCGACCUGCAGCUCGAGGUGGAGCGGCUCAAGCACUGCCUCAUGAAGGCAGAAGACGACUGCCGGGUGGAGCGCAGGAACACGCUGAAGCUGCGGCAUGCCGUGGAGCAGCGGCCCAGCCAGGAGCUGGUGUGGGAGCUGCAGCAGGAGAAGACGCUGCUGCGGGCGCGCGUGCAGGAGCUGGAGGCCACCGUGCAGGAAGGGAAGCCAGACAAGAGCAGCCCCUACGUCCAGGUGCUGGAGGGGGACUGGAGGCAGGCGCUGCGGGACCACCAAGAGCAGGCCGACACCAUCCUGUCUCUGCGCAAGGCCCUGCGGCAGGGCGAGGCCCUGCAUGCCCGGUGCGUGGAGGAGAAGGAGAUGUUCGAGCUGCAGUGCCUGGCCCUCCGGAAGGACUCCGAGAUGUACAAGGACCGCAUCGAGGCCGUGCUGCGGCAGAUGGAGGAGGUGGCCGGUGAGAGGGACCAGGCCAUCGCCACGCGGGAGGAGCUGCACGCACAGCACUCGAGGAGCCUGCGGGAGAAGGAUGCGCUGCGGAAGCAGGUCCGGGAGCUGGCUGAGAAGGCGGACGACCUGCAGCUCCAGCUGUUCCAGCGCGAGGGCCAGCUGCUGGCCGCGGAGGGCAGGCUCAGGCGGCAACAGCUGGACGCUCUCGUCCUGAGCUCCGACCUGGAGGACAGCUCACCCAGGAACUCCCAGGAGCUCUCGCUCCCCCUGGACCUGGAGGCCAUCCAGCUCUCAGACAAAGGUGGCCCAGCCGACGGGGACAGCCCACAGCAGCCCUUUGCGGCUCUGCAGGAGGAGCAUCUUUCCCUGACCCCCAAUGACGCGGGCCCGAGCGGCGGGGAGCCCCCCGAGAAGGAGCGGCGGCGCCUCAAGGAGAGCUUCGAGAACUACCGCAGGAAGCGCGCGCUCCGGAAGAUGCAGCCCGGCGCGCGGCCGGCGGAGGCGGACUGGGAGAACACCACGGGCAGCGACAACACCGACACCGAGGGCUCCUAGCCCGCCCGCGCGCGGGGACCACGCCGGGCCGGGGGCGUCCUCUGGGCGGGCAGCGCGGUCACAUGCAGUGCCGUGAAUAAACGACCGGGCUCCCGGCA